UCACGUGUCACCUGGGAUGCAUGUCGCAGCCAACGAAGACUAAAGGCUGUUAGCGUCAAUAAACUAUGAGGAGGCUAGCUCGGUGCUAGCAGGGAAACACUAAUGCAUGGUCCGUUGAGAGAAAUAAAUCUUCACUUUGUAUACUCGUUAUGGGCAAGAGGGACAAUCGAGUGGCAUACAUCAAUCCCAUUGCUGCUGCUCGAGCCAGAGGACCAUCACAGAGCUCUGGCCCAACCAUACAGGACUAUUUAAGCAGACCUCGACCAACAUGGGAGGAGCUGAAGGAGCAGCUGGAGAAGAAAAAGAAGGGCUCUCGAUCCCUGGCUGAAUUUGAGGACAAAAUGAAUGAGAAAUGGAGGAAAGAGCUGGCAAAAAACAGAGAGAAGCUACUUGGUGACAAAGAAAGAGACAAAAAAUCAGUGGACAAAGAUAAAGAGGAGAAGAAAGACAAAAAGGAGAAAAAGAAGAAGGAGAAGAAGAAACCAAGCAGGCAUUCUUCAUCUUCCUCCUCCUCAUCGAGUUCUGAUUCCUCCAGCAGUUCCUCCUCAGAGUCUGAAGAUGAGGAUGAAAAGAAGAGUAUGAAGAAAAAGAAGAAGCGAAAAAGGUCUUCAGCCCGGAGAGCAUCGGACAGCUCGGAGGAAGAGUCGGACGCAGAGAGCAAGAAAAGGAAACGAAUCAAGGAAGAAGGAGACAAGGUUAAGGAUGAAAAGGGGCGCCGAAGGAAAAGGAAGGCCGACAAAAGUCACAGGGAUUCGCUCUCCGAGUCAUCCGUUGACUCGGAUGGGGAAGACCUAGUUGAAGCCAAGAAGAAAAAGAGAAGUAGCGAGGAGAAGGAGAAAUUCACAGACAAAUCCAAGAAGAAGAGGAAAAAGAAACACAAGAAACAUGGCAGAAAAAAGAAAAAGAAGGCCACGUCUCACUCGGACUCGGAGCUCGACUGACAGACGUGUCUCGGCGGUGUUCUCAUUCCCCUGACAGUUCACUAAUAGCAUAACUUUUGCCUUUUGACUACCAAAAACCUCUCUCAUCCAGCUCCAGCGACACACUUGAAGGAGGAGGUUAGAAAUGUAAACGGGGGAGACGCCAUCCCUCUAGAGGAGAGCACCUGGUACAAUGUCUUUGGUUCAAUUCUACCACUGUGCAUUUGUAGACCUUUUUUUUCCUUUUUUUUAAUGUACUUUCAAGCACAGGAAUGAGGUGUUUUUUUGUUUGUUUUUUUUGUUUUUUAAACCCCGGUGCACUCACUGCCACCUUCAGUAUGCUGGCCCCUCUGGGAGUUCCUCCCUGUGCUUCACACCCAACAUCUUCCAUAGCUACACAAGGCUGUUAUGCUAGUGCCUGUGUCAUGCAUGUAAGACUCUGUGACCUGAUGUCUCGCCAGCCUCAUAUUGAAGUUGGAUCUGUUAUUAGACAUGUUGGCUAUGCAGUUAACGUGGAUUCAAGGGAUUGUUGUUUUGUGGGACGCGAUGCUACACUGCAGUGUAAAUGUGUAAACAAUGGAAAGUCAUUAAUAAAGUAUUGAUUUAGCCUUAGUCGCUGUUA